AUGGGGAGAACUGCUUUCACCCUGGUUCUCAUCUUGGCCCUGGCAGCAUGUGCCAUCCCUGCGGAAAGGAAGUGUGUCCUCUCCGGGUCAUGGCAGAGCGACGACAGCUGCCAGAUGACAGUCUCUGUCCUGGGCAAGGAUGGCAGCUUCUCCGGUUCCUAUCUGCCGGCAUCAGCAGCCAGCAAUCUUAAAAUCCUCAGCUCUCCGCUGGAGGGGUCUCAGCAGGAUGCGGGGCUGGCCCCGCAGCCCAUUUUCUCAUUCGUUGUGCACUGGUGGCUACAAGACCCAGGGACAGCCCAGACUACUGUCUUCCUGGGCCAGUGCUAUGUGGGCACCAACGGGGAGGAGACCCUGCAUGCUCUGUGGAUGAUGCGAGAGGCUGCUGAUAGCCCCGAUGAGGACUGGAAAACCACCCGGAUUGGUACCAGUGUUUUCACCCGGAUAAAAUGA